AUGAACCUCCUCGUUGUUGGCCUGGCCCGGAUGGGCAUAGCCCAAAGGAACAAAAAUCAUUCCGUGGUGAACCAAGGUCGACAAGGUGCUGAUGGCGGUGGUUUCUUGGCCGCCGCCCAAAGUGCCUGUACUGAUGAAAACGCCGGCAGGCUUUCCCCUCAAGGCGCCGGCAGCCCACAAACCACCGGUCUGGUCCCAGAAGUUCUUGAACUGCGUGGGGAAGUUGCCGUAUCUGGUGGGAAUUCCAAACAAAAACGCAUCGUACUCCUUCAAUGUGUCCACACUGGCCACAGGCACGCCUGGUCUUGGGAUUCCGCCCAAUUUCUCCACCAACGAGUCUGGCAAGGUUUCUUCAACUUUGAAGAUAUCGGCCACUCCGCCGGCCGCAACAAUUCCCUUUUGCUGCGCCAACGCCAACUUGUGGAUGUGGUGGUAGAGAGAAUACGUGAUGAUUGCGGUUUUUGGAGCCAUGUUUUUCUGGUGUUGGUGCAAAUUGGCGACUCUUGCUGUCUUUAA